UGGUACUUUCCUGAAAUAUAAUUACGGUAUGUUAUUUCCCAAGUGUUGCAACAUCCUGUUUUGGUCAGCUAAAUUCAUUUUGAAAGUGAAACUACAUGACCUCCUUUUCUUUGUUCAACAUAGUAUUGAAAGUGACUGCAGACAACAGAGAAUCAUGGAAGCUCAUUCUUAUUACGGUAACAUAAUGGAUGUGGAUACCACUGGAGCUUCUCUUGAAACCGGAAAACAAGAAGGCUUGGAGUUUGGGGGGGUUGAGGCUUCAAAAAUAAUUGCAAGGAGAGAUCUAAACAAUCUAGAGAAGUAUAAAAUGAAGAUUAAGCAUAUCAGUGAAAAAACAAAUAUUGAUGCAGCUGUGAUUGCUGCUAUAAUAUCUCGAGAAUCACAUGCUGGAACUAUCCUAGAAGAUGGUUGGGGUGACCAUGGAAAUGGAUUUGGAUUAAUGCAGGUGGAUAAAAGAUAUCAUAAAUUAGUUGGCACCUGGGACAGUGAGGAACACAUUACUCAGGGGGCUCUCAUUCUUUGUAGCAUGAUAGAGGAGAUUAAAAAAAAAUUUCCAUCAUGGACAAAUGAACAGCAGCUCAAAGGUGGAAUUUCAGCCUACAAUGCAGGACCUAAAAAUGUCCACAGCUAUGAGCGAAUGGAUAUAGGCACUACAAAGAAUGACUAUGCCAAUGAUGUUGUUGCAAGAGCCAAAUUUUACAAAACAAAUGGAUAUUAAAAGUCUAGAACAAAGAUGCUGUCAUUUCAGCCUUACCCAAAUUUUGUAUGUAACAUUAGCAAGAUCUAUUUGCUGAAUUCUACAAAAAUAAAGUUGUGCCAAUUUCUGCAUAAAAUAAAGCUAUAUUGCUAUUGCAAUUACAUUUAAUGCAAGCAAGCUUCUAUUCCCAUUAUGCGACUCUCUUUCUCCCCGGUCUUUCUUCCACCACACUAUUAUAUCCUUUUAACUUUAGUCUGUGGAAGAAAAUCAACAGGACCUAUCUACACUACAGCAUCUAAUGUGAGUCAUCCUUAGUGGUGAACUUGGAAAAGAUGUGAAAAUAUUUUCAAUCACUGACUUAGAACAGGGUAAAACUGCACAAUGAAUGUACAAAAGAAUGUGACAACCAAUGGAAUAAGCCAAGGCUGCAAAGAAAAACAUUUAUGUCAUCUGUAGAGGCCUACUUGUGCAUAGGAAUUUAUAUUCCCACAGGCUCUAAGCCAAGCUGGGAAAUCUGAAAGGCCUAGCUUUGAAGGACUACGCAUUACAGAAAUCUGGAGGAAUACUGCUUUUAGGAGACAGUCAAAAUGGACUUCUCCAUGGAGUCACCAUCUGUAGUAAUUCAAAUCAAUUUACACAGACAGCUAUAAGCUAGCUGCAACUUGUGUAAUGUUGCUUCCCCUUUUGCAGUUCAAAUAAAUUGCAUUUACAAACUGGCCUGAAUUCCGUGAGCUCAUAACAUUACACUGGAAAUAUAAUGAAAAUUACUGAAGGUAAAUUAGCAUCACAAACAUACUGUUAGCUUGUUGAAGAGAAUUGCUCAGAUCAUCAUGGGUUGGAAAAAAGAAUCAAUCACAGAUCCAAAAUAAAUGUUUUAGUAAUGGGCAAUUUUCAUUAUCUACAUAGACUGGGUAAAUGUAUAUUCAACACGUAACAGUUUUCCCUGAUGUGAUCAAUCAAUCAUUAUUGAUUGAUUCAUAGAACUAACACAUGAGGGGAUAAACAAUUAAUUCAAAGUAAUACACUAGAUCUGAUAAGACUUAAAAUUUGAGUAAUGAAUUAGAAAUGUGCUACAUUAUUUCUACAAAUAUCUAUAGACCCCUCACAUCCUGGACAUAAAUUGUUUCAACUUCUGUCCUCAAAACGACACUAUAGGACACUGCACACCAAAACUAGACACAAGGACAUUUUUUCCCCGAAUGCCUCAUUCUGCUUAACUAAUUCCUACAACACUGUCAAAUAACAUACUAAGUAAGACUGUAUUACUAUUCUUCUUUUCUUCCUUCCUAGUAUCUAUCUCUUCCCACUUAUGACUAUAACCAUGUUGCUUAUAUCUUUCAAUUUAUAUUGUUUUUAUUUGUUUCCUAGUAUGAUUUGAUAGCUUAUUAAUAACCUUGACUCUCACUAAGUGUUGUAUCUUUUGAUUCUUGAUGAAUGUAUUUUAUCCUCCUUAUGUACACUGAGAGCAUAUGCACCAAAGACAAAUUCCUUGUGUGUCCAAUCACACUUGGCCAAUAAAAAAGAAUUCUAUUCUAUUCUAUUUCUGGACUACUUCCUUGUGUAUAUACUGUGAAAAGAAAGAAAGAAAGUGUAGACCUGAAAAUAUGUGCAAUCAGCUUCUAAAUAGACCUUCAUUCAUGCUUUAAUUUUAAUACUUUAAAAGCUGUUAAAUGUGGAUUUCCUAGCAAUCAAACACUAUAUAAAUUGUCUAGGAAGCAAUCACAUUCAUAUUUCCCAUAAAAAAAAACCCCUACAAAAUUAUGUCAAUAAAAAAGGUGAAAUAAAUGUCAGAAGAAUCAGAUCUCUUUAAACAUAAGGAGAUUUUCCAAACAAAACAGUUCAGCUGAAAUGUUACCAAUCAGAAAUGGGAUAAGUAAAAUUUGGUACAUGCCAGGGUACAAGAACAUCCAUAUAUAGUAUUCAAGAAGACUUCUGUCUGAAAAUGGAAAACUUCCCCAAAUGAAAGGGGGAAAAAACAGAUAUAAAU